GAUGGAUGGAUCUGAAUGGUCAUUUGAUAAUUUAAAUAGCAUAUGUUGGGCAAUAGGAUCGAUAUCUGGAUGUUUACCAGAAUAAGAUGAAAAAUAAUUUUUAAUUCACACAAUUAAAAAUUUACUUUCACUUUGUGAAGUUAAAAAAGGUAAAGAAAAUAAAGCUGUUGUUGCUGCCAAUAUAAUGUAUGUUGUAGGAUAAUACCCAAAAUUCUUAAGAACAAAUUGGAAUUUCUUGAAAACAGUUAUUAAAAAGUUAUUUGAGUUUAUGAAAGAAUCUUUCCCAGGAGUACAAGAGAUGGCAUGUAAUACAUUUUUAACAAUAAGUUAAAAGUGUGGUAAAGAAUUUGUAAUAAGAUAAUAAAUGUAUUAUUAUUUCUAUUAAAAUUUAGUUAAUCUGAUUAAUUAGAAAGAGAACCAUAUAUUUGUGAAUUAAUAAGAAACAUAAGAGAUUAAGUUGCAAUAUUAUAAGAUUAAUACAAAUUAGUAUAUUAUGAAAGUUUAAGUCAUAUGAUAAAAUUUGAAGAAGACUUAAACAUCAGAAUACAAUUAGUAAAUAGUUUAGUAAAACAUUUAAAUGAUUAAUUGAUUCAAUAUACUUCUUCUAAUAAUUACAUAGAUCUCUUUAAAGAUGAAAAAAUCUAAUAAUUUUUCAUCUAAUAUUUCAGAAUCCUAUAAUAAAUAGUUUAACCAACUGGAUAUGCAUUUACUUAAUCAUUAAUUUAACUAUUACCUACUUAUAAUUAAAUAUAUCUCUUUUAUAGUCAGAGUAUCUAAUAAUAAGUAAUUGGAUAAGGAAUAGUAGUUAUGGGUUGGUAUACAGUUAAGAAAUAGAGAGCUGUAAAAAAGGAAAUCUUAAAAUUAUAUGCAACUUAUUUUUAACAUAAUGAUUAAGAAUUAUUGAAUAAGAAUUAUCAAUUAAAGAAUUCAUUAGUAAUUCCUAUUUGUAAUCUUCUUGAAGAAUAUUCUUAAUCCAUAAAUGAAUAAAAGGAACCAGAAUUAUUAUUAACUUUUAAAGUAAAUAUAUUAUUAUAUAUGUAUAGUAUAUGCUUGAAAAAUUCCUAACACCAAUUGAAGAUUUAGUUCCAUUAAUUUUGAAAGGAUUAUUUGAUGCUACUAUUAGAUUAAUAAGUUAAGACUUCAAUUCUUAUCCAGAUCAUAGAAUCAACUUCUUUGAAUUUUUAAGAUCUUGUGUUUAAUAUCAUUUAGUGGCAUUAUUUAAUAUGCCAUAAGAUUAAUUUAAAUUAAUGAUAGAUUGUAUUGUUUGGGCAUUCAAACAUUAAGUACCUAAUUUAUAAGAAUUGGGAUUGGAUGUUUUAUACUAUAUAUUAUAAGUAUUUAUUUAUAAAUAUUUUUAAAGUAAGUCAAUAGUGAUGCAGUAGUUGCAAAUCAAUUUUAUUCACUUUAUCAUUUAAGAUUGUUAAAAGAUAUUUUGGAAAUUUUGACUGAUAAUUUACAUGCAAGUGGAUUUAAACAUUAAAGCCAAAUAUUAAUGAUAUUAUUCUAGGUAGCCUCUAAUUAACAAAUUACAACUAAAUUAUCUAAUGAAUAAGUUGGUUCAAACUUAGAAUUUAUAUCUUAAUAUCUUGUGACAUCCCUAUAUAAUGCAUUCCCUAAUGUUAGUAAGCAAUAAACUGAAUUACACAUUGCUAGAAUGUUUUAGAAUUUAAAUAAUGCACACAAUUUUAGAGUAAUAUAUAUAUAUAUAUUUAUUAGUAAGAACUUAGUGAUUACUUAAUAAAUUUAAAAUAAUUUUAAGAAAGUAAUGAUCAUUUAAAAUAACCAGAAAAUAAGGAAGAUUUAUUAACACCCAAGCCUUAAUGAAA